UAUUUACCUGCGCCUUGAAGAAGAAUUGCCCCCCGACGAAGUCACCAUGCUGUGCUAGCAACCAGCCACCCCUCGAAACCCAGAACAGGGGGAGGCCCUGGACACUUCCAGUGCAGCCCCAGCGCUCCCUUCCUGCAGCGACGCAUGCGUCAGGAAGUGUCUGCCUGUGGCAGGGAAGAGAACAAUUCAGAACUAGCCUCACUGGCUGGGUUCCUUCUAUCUGGCGCUGGCAGUACUGAGGCUCAUCACCACCACAGGGCAAACAGUCUCCCGAGUGGCCCUGCUCCCAUGGGUGGCCGGGGUGGGGCCAGGAUGGGGUGGAGACUUCAGAGCCACUUUGGUUCUUCUUUUUUAAAUGUUCCUUUUGGACUGGAGCAUCCCCAAAUCCCUUCCCUCUUGCUCUGCUAUUCUGACCCUCGGUUACAUUGGGCUGAGGCUCUUCAUGGCUUCCCUGGCCUUGGCUGUAGCCUCCGGGCCAGUGAGAUGCUGCUUUACAGAGACAGGGAACCCAUCAGACAGUCUUGUUACUUUGGUUGGAGCAGGAAUUGGAGCAGGAGUGGCAGUCGUUGGAAUCCCAGUAGUAGUCGGAGCAGUCGGCUUUACUGGAGCAGGCAUUGCAGCUGGGUCCAUUGCUGCCAAGAUGAUGUCAGCAGCAGCCAUAGCCAAUGGAGGAGGGGUAGCCGCUGGAAGUGCUGUGGCAACCCUGCAAUCCAUUGCUGCUGCAGGCCUCCCUGUAGCUGCCAAAGCUGCGAUAGUAGGUGUUGGGGCAGCAGUCAGUGCCUUAUUCUGAAAGCUACAACUGCUCCUUUAUGCUCUGGAAGACACACUGACUUGUCCGCUGGCAGUUUCUCAAUGGCACCAUCAGGCUAAUGCAUCAAGUAGCAAGUUAGAGAAAUGGCUCUGUACUUGAAUGCAAAAACAAGUGGCCUGUAGAAACAGCUCCUGCACAUCUGUCGCUUGUUCUACCUUCUCCACAACAGACGUCAAGUUCUGUUGGGAUUAUGGCUGAAUUAUUGCUGUUGGCUGAAUGUGACAAAUCAAUAAACAAUUGCAAAUUUAAA